GAUUUGAGGACAUGUUUUUUUAAAACCAUUUCAUGUAUCCGGAAAUGGUUUUUGGCAAUAAAAGGAGAGGGAACAUUUGUCUAGCUUAAUUCCAAUUUGUGAGCACAGAGCAUGGGGUGCACAAUGAAUUGUUGGAAUCGCUUGGAUUUGGUUUUGGGUGAGUGGCAGAGAUCAGGGUGAAAUAUAUGUAUUGGGAAUUUGUGUUGUGAAGAUGCCUCCUCCAGCAUUAAAAUGCUCUCCUGGAAGGGAGCUCAGGUCAGAUAAUCACAAGCGUGAACACAGUCUUGAGAGUGGAUUACUCCUCCAAGAGAAAGACGAUGAUCUUGCUUUGUUCAACGAGAUGCAGACCAGAGAAAGAGAGAAUUUUUUGCUUGACAUGUCCAAUGACAUUGAUGACUCAUUCUCAACAAAAUUGAAAUACUUUUCAGAUGUUAAGCUUGGCAUCUCCAUUCCAGUUCGUGGAGAGAGCAGUGACCUGCUCAAUGCAGAUAGUGAAAAAAAUGACUAUGACUGGUUGUUGACUCCUCCAGACACUCCUCUUUUCCCUUCGUUGGAUGAUAAAACCCCGGAAGUUAGUCUUGCCCCUAGGGGCCGACCUCGAAAUCAGCCCAUUUCCAUCUCAAGAUCAUCCACGAUGGAGAAGAGUUCCUGGACCAGUAGAAGUAGCGCAAGCCCACAUCGGUUAAGCCCAUCCCCUCGGUCUGGAAGUAAUACAUUUCAAUCAAGAGGAAGGCCAUCUUCAGCUCCUCAUUCUAGUCCAUCUCCCAUCCAACGACCUGCUUCACCAUCGCAGAGACCUACUACGCACUCAAAUAAAUCAAUUACACCUGCUCGUCGAUCUCCUACUCCCACUACUCAGAGGACGAGCACAGGAUCAAGUGGUACUAUAGGCUCAUCUAGAAGGGGAACCUCACCUGUAAAGGCUAGUCGUGGCAACUCUGCUUCACCGAAAAUACGAGUAUGGCAGUCGACUAUCCCUGGCUUCUCUUUGGAUGCACCAUCUAAUCUUCGUACUUCUCUGGCUGAUCGGCCAGCAUCUUAUGUAAGGGGAUCAUCACCAGCAUCUAGGAAUGGGAAGGAUGCACCCUCAACAUUCAGAAGGCAAUCAAUGUCACCAACUGCUUCUCGAAGUGGCAGUUCAUCCAUUGGUUGUGAUCGGGACCGAUUCAGCUCACAGAGUAAGGGUUCUGUAGCAUCAUCUGGUGAUGAUGAUAUAGAUUCUCUGCAAUCUCUACCACUGGGUAUCUCAGAUCAGUCAUCUGUAAGGAGGGCCGGGGCAUUUCCAAAUAGCAGAGCCACAGCAUUCUCAAGGAAGCCAUCCAAAACACCAUCCUCAAGCUCUGCUCCAAAAAGAUCUUUUGAUUUGGCCCUUCGACAAAUGGAUCAUCGAAAGAGUCCUCAGAAUAUGUUCAGGCCACUUUUAUCAAGUGUUCCUAGUACUACUUUGAGUACUUUCUAUGUUGGUAAAACAAGCUCUACAAAUCGUCCAUUGGUCUCUAUGAACUCCUCAGUCACAACUAGCAGCAAUGCAAGCUCAGAACAAGGUGCAAGUGUUGCACCUGAUACUGAGGGUAGUGACCACGAACAGGAUGAUAUGGCUAGCGACUGGGGAAAAGCACCAUAUCCUGAUGUUCAAGAUGAAGUAUUCAUAUUUGAUGAAGUGGAUGAGAUGAAUGUAGAUAUUAAUGAUGAAGCCAAUGAUGGGAAGAACACUGGGUAUGCUGACUUAGAUAUAGCCAAGACAACUGAAGUCAAAUCAGGUGAUUCUGAAAAAUUCAGUAGUCUUAUUUCUGCUACAGCAAUUGAGUCAACUACUUCUGAAUUUAUAAACAUUGGGAAUGAUUCUGAAGUACUUGAUCGUGACGGAAGAAUUGCAUACUGUUCUAAUUGUGGGAGCAAGUUUUGUGUCGUUGAGCCUACAGAAGGGAAUGAUGGUCUUUGUCCUGAUUGCUGUGAGAAAAGUGGAUCUUUGACUCCAGUUGCUUGGGAACACACUGUAGAUCACAGUCACAACAGUACAUUUAACUCAGAAGCAACUUUGCAAGAAAGUAAAUCCUUUGUUGCAGUUAAGAAUGAAGCAGAAGUGGCUGUAGUGCCAGAGAUCAAUAGUAGAAAUGAAACAUUGCUUGUCCAAUGUGAUGAUAUUGUUGACAAAGACCACAGUUGCAGCAUUGAAGAAGCUGAGAGUUGCUUCCAUGGCAGUUCCUUUGCACAACUGAUGAUAGAUGGAGGGAAGCAGCAAUUUGUUCAGCCAACCGUUGGUUCCAUUCAAUCCAAGUAUGACAAUGUGGAUCAAGACUUUCAGCAUUCUAAUGGCCAUCCAAGCUUAAAGGUUGAUGUUUCAGAAGGUGCUGGUAUUUCCGUAUUGCUGAAAAGGUCAAGUAGUAGCAAGUGGCCUAUUGUUCAAGGGAGGACUCUUACUGCAACAAAUAUACCUUGUGAUGAUCCAUCUUAUGCAAGGGACAGCAUGAGAAGCUCUGGUGGGCUUGGCAGUGCCUCAACAUCAUCAUCUGUUGAUUGGACCUCUUCCAGACAAACAGAGAUUCGGGUUCAAAGGCAAUUAAGUGGCAGGAAACUUGACUUGGAUAAUUUCCGGCAUGAUUCAAGCACAAAAUUUCAAAGAACUGGAUCCUCUUCCUCUGGAAUCUCAAGUCCUGCAUGCCGGGCCUUGUUGCUUACCAAGAGCAUGAGCGAAGAAAAUUUUGAUGCUUCUGUUGGAAGUAUGGGCCAUGAGACUGUAGUGAAAACACUACUAGUUAGUGAUGAGCAAAGUACAUCUUUGGGAAAUGAAAAAUCGGGUGAAUCUGAUUCCUCUUUUGUCAAAGCUGCUGUCCUUGAAGCCAAUAAACUUGACUGCUCUAAGAGUUGCAGGGUGGUGGAUGCUUCAGGGUUGGAAUUAUCAAGCCAUACCCAAUGCAUACAUUUGGAGGAUGCUUCAGUUGCAGAAGUUCCAAAUGAUGAGGACUGUGUUUCAUUAGGAAUUGCUGAGGACUUCCCAAAUAGUACAAGGAAUACUUCAGAUAUAGAAAUAUCAGCUUCGGCCCCACAGCCCCCUUCAAUAGAAGAAAAUGCCAUUAUGAACAAUGACCGUGCAAUUGAGAUUGUUGAGGCUCCUCCUUAUGAAUCUUCAGUAAUGAUUCUAGAAAAUGGUGUUGAUAGUAUACCUGGUUCACACGUUGAAAGUGCAACCACACCAAAUUCAAGUAGCACCAUGGAAGAACCAUCAGUUCCUGCAACAUUAGAAAAGGAUGCAGAAAUUCCUUCUCCAGAAUCUGACAUUUUGGAUCAUGCCAAUGGCAUCCCUGAGGAAUCAACCAUUACAGUGGAGGGCCAAGGUGGGCAGAAAGGAAGAAACCCGACAUUGGAAGAAGCAACUGAUACAAUACUCUUCUGUGGAUCUAUCAUUCAUGAUCUGACCUACCAGGCAGCUACCAUUGCGAUGGAAAAGGAGAGCUCAGUUCACCUAGAGGGUUCCCAUCCAACGGUUACUUUCUGGGGGAGACCAAGUUCUGAGAGGAAGGAUCCACGCAGUAGGACUGGAAGUAAACACACUCAGAAAACCCAAAAGGCAAGGCAGAGACGGAUGGAAGUAGAUGUCAAGACUGCAUCAACCAAGACUCAAAUUGAAGCCAAAACCAAUGAAUCAUUAGUACUUGAUGCUGGAGCUCCUCACAAGGUUGACAGUUCAAAGCCUCCAAAACUGGAGUCCAAGUGUAACUGCACAGUGAUGUAACCUUUUAUGCAUCCAGGGCAAAUUUUUUGAUGGGUGUCAAGGGGUUUGUAUUUUAGGGAUUUUUAUGUUUUGCAGGGAAAUCCAUAAGAGUGCCUGUCAGUUUCAGUUCGUUCCAAUUUAUUUGUAAAACACCACAUAGUGUUGGUGACAUAAUCUUGUAAAGUUAUUGUUUUUUGGGUGAUAUCACGAGAGCCAUUAGAUAGGUUUGUGUCU